AUGCCUUUUGUAAAGUCCUUUUCAUACACGUGGUUCAAUUUGCAAGCGGCCAAGAGGAAAUAUUAUAAAAAACACGAAAAACGGAUGAGUCUCGAAGAGGAGCGGCAUACUAAGUAUGAGUUACAGAACGAAAAAGCAGAAGUGAAACAGAAAUGGGCGUCAAGAUUAUUAGGGAAGCUGCGCAAGGACAUAACGCAGGAUUGUCGAGAGGACUUCGUCCUCAGCAUCACGGGGAAAAGACCAGCCGUCUGCGUCCUAUCCAACCCCGACCAGAAGGGAAAGAUGAGGAGGAUAGACUGCUUACGUCAAGCCGAUAAGGUGUGGCGGCUAGACCUAGUAAUGGUAAUCCUUUUCAAAGCAAUACCACUAGAAAGCACAGAUGGUGAGAGAUUGGAGAAACAUCCAGAAUGUACGCAGCCAGGCCUCUGUGUGAACCCUUACCACAUCAACGUAUCAGUUAGGGAGCUGGACCUCUACCUUGCGAACUUCAUCAAUAGCUAUGGUAAUGGGAGCGACGGUCUGCCAGAUAUCCUAAGCGGUUCAUUAUCGCCAAACCCGCCUAGGGACAAAGAGAAUGAACAUGAGGCAAAGAGCAAAGGCUACACGCACAAUCCGUACAAUGGUGUUAUAUGCAACGAUAUCAUUUUAGCGACCGGCGUCUUCUCCUCCAAGGAGCUUUGGAAGCUCUCUAAAGCCUCGAUUCUCCAAGAGACGGGUUCAGAAUCUCCCAGUGGGUCCGGCGGCGGUAUUAAGCUGGAGUCCAGCUACUACGGCUACAACAGUCCAGCGCCGCCCGCCUUUGAGCCGCCCACUGACCGAGGGACUCCCUCUACCAUGCUUGUUGGACAGUGUUUUAGCAUCCCACAUAGUUCGUCGGGCCUCAGUGCUGCGCAGGCGCCCUUGGUGCCUUCUAAUACGAUAUUUUACCAACAUGCACCACCUCCUACUGACACACAUCCUACUUCUUCUGAGGGUCUAUCAAGCCAGCACUCUAGCAAAUAUGAUGGGACACCCCAGGAUUCCCUAGGGGACUUCGUCACUUUCGUUUGCCAAGAACCACCUACCGAUGUUCAGCAAUUACAAGUUCAUACUUUAUCCAGAAGUCCAAAACCACCGUAUUUCAGCAGCUCCAUGUUACCACCACCACCGCUACCACCAAUGGCAAGGCCAGUUGCUAUUAUCAGAUCUACAGCAAGUGAAGUAGGUGUGGGUGGCGUAGGAGUGGGAUCUCCGUCAUCUCCCGAAGUGCGGUCACCAAAUGGGUCUCCACGACGUCGUAGUCCGCACCCCUACAGGGAUUGCCAUCCUCCCAUCUCACACUUCAAUCACUUCCACUCGCAGCCACAACAGGUGUUUAGCUACGGGUCUUUAGGUGGUGGGGCAGUGGUGUCCGGAGGAGGCGGGAGUUCGCCCCCGGGAGGCCUGGGGCUAUACGGACCUCGACCUCCACCUAGAGCACCACCAAGAUGGAAUGCCCCUUUUCCAACAUUAGAAGAGGAAUUUAAUAUUAUGACAGCACCAACGGGUCCAGACCACGUCGUUUUAUUGGAUGAUGAGCGUUUCUUUCAAUCCAACGUAAUAACUUCAGACACCACAGCCAUGGACACCACCGGGACAAAUGUCCAAUCCGUAGUCGACACGGACGACAUUGCCCCGGAUAAACCGGCUCCAGAUCUUCGAUCACCGUGA